AAUGGAGCAGCCUGACGAGGAUCUGAGGAGGAGUUUUCCGCACUUCUGCGUCUUUUACCUGUGCGGUGUUUACUUGCAGCUCUGCGGGGGAACGCCUGUGCACACCGGCGUGUAGCCGCAGGGAUCAGGGCGGGAGGAAGGAGGAUCUGCGGGGGAUUUGUGAGGCAGACUUGUGCAAACAGGCGGAGGAGGUGAGCUACCUGCGGCCCGGCUCGGCUCGGCACGCCCCCCCAGCCAGGUGGAACAAAUAGCGGAGCUCUCUUCGCUGUCGCCUCCAACUUCCAUCCGAGAUUGUGCUGCUGAGAGGAAGAACCGUGGAUGUCAGCGAUGAGAGCGGGAACAGGUCUGGAUCUUGUCGUCCGUCAGACUCUAUGAUGCUGGAGACGCUGUGAAUCCAACAUGGAGGUGAAGAAGGAUGGAGGAGGAGGAGCGUGGUCUUCCUCAGCAGCUCCGCCCAGCUCCGCCUGCUACAGGGGCUCCCUCAUAGCCUUCCUCCUCCUCUUCCUCGUCGUCGGCAUCUUCGUCGGUCUUGUUAUAGCCUAUCUGGUGCAGGAGCAGCAUUACUUCAUGGAGACGGUGGAGCUCAAAGGUCUGAAGUACGACGUCGCUCUACAGGAUGAGAACUCUGGGUUCUCCAUCGUUCUGUCCUCAGUCCUGAAGUCCAAGAUUAAGAACGUCUUCACUGCCUCGUCUAUAUCUCAUCACUACGUUGACUGCAGUAUUGUUGCCUAUGGUAACAUCAACGGGGACGUGAUGGCCACCUUCCGGCUGGUCUUCAGGGUGUCCAAGGUCCAGCAGUAUUCAGACCGCUUUGUUCAGGACGUCCUGAGAGCUGGACUCCGACAGCCGCUGGAGGUUCCUCAGUUUGGACGAAUCAACGGCGUCGUCUUACUGGGAUCCAGUGGGAAGUCGUUUUAUAUUAUCGGAGACGAGGUGACGGCCAGGUGUCCUGAGAAGUCCUUCACCUGUGAUGACGGAGAAUGUGUCACCAAACUGAACCCAGAGUGUGAUUUUAUCAGCGACUGUGCAGACGGAUCGGACGAGGCUCGCUGUGCCUGUGGGACCCGUCCAGCCAUGGGCAGCCGGGUGGUGGGCGGGGAGGACGCCCGGCUGGGGGAGCUGCCCUGGCAGGUCAGUCUGAGGCUUCAUGGACGGCACUGCUGUGGAGCCUCCAUCAUCAGUGAACGCUGGCUGGUCAGCGCAGCUCACUGCUUCGAGAGGGACAACGACCCCAGGGAGUGGACGGCUCUGGUCGGGGCUCGGCUGGUCAGCGGCGAGGAGUCCGAGUCGAAAAUCAUCAACAUCAAGUCGCUGGUCGUGUCUCCGGACUACAAUCCCAUGACCACCGACAGCGACGUGACGGUUCUGGAGCUGGAGACGCCGCUCAGCUUCGGCUCCCACAUCCAGCCGGUCUGCCUGCCGUCAUCGUCUCACGUCUUCAGUCCCGGUCAGAGCUGCCUGGUGUCGGGGUGGGGGGCUCUGAACCAGUUCCAGCCCGUGGGCCCGCCCACGCUGCAGAAAGCUGUGGUGAAAAUCAUCGACUCCAAGGUGUGCAACAAGUCGUCGGUGUACCGAGGAGCCGUGACCAACAACAUGAUGUGUGCUGGAUUCCUGCAGGGGAAGGUGGACUCCUGUCAGGGUGACUCUGGGGGUCCUCUGGUGUGUGAAGGGGCCCCGGGGAGGUUCUUCCUGGCCGGGGUGGUGAGCUGGGGGGUCGGCUGUGCUCAGAUCAACAAACCCGGAGUUUAUUCCCGCGUCACGAAGCUCCGAAACUGGAUUCUACGCCACACAGAUCCCAGCUUGGUCCAUGACGACGUCCAGUUUGUUCCCACUGAGCCGGUUCCUGUGACCGGAGGAACCGCGAACGACCAGCCAGAACCCAGAACCGUCGCCAUGGACGAGUCGCCUGCUCCAGUUCUACCUGUGUUGAACUGCAGCGGAAGCUUCCAGUGCAGCUCCACUUCCUGCAUCAACAAGGUGAACCCAGAGUGUGACGGAGUCUCCGACUGCCCCAACGGAGCCGACGAAAGGAACUGUGACUGUGGCAUUCGUCCUGCUCUGGGCUCCCACAGGAUCGUGGGCGGAGUCACGGCUCGGAGGGGGGAGUGGCCUUGGAUCGGCAGCCUCCAGUACCAGAGACUUCACCGCUGUGGAGCCACGCUCAUCCACAACAAGUGGCUCCUGACUGCAGCUCACUGCUUCAAAAGUGACCCAGCUCCCUCUAACUGGGCCGUCAGUCUGGGCUCCGUGCUGCGUUCGGGGGUCGGAGCUCUGGUCAUCCCCAUCCAGAGGGUGAUCAUCCACCCAGCUUUCAACGGCACCAACAUGGACCACGACGUAGCCCUGUUGGAGCUGAUGGUUCCAGCCCCCAUGUCCUACACCAUCCAGUCCGUCUGCCUCCCAUCUCCGGUGCAUCGAUUCCUGAAGAACGCUGAGUGCUACAUCACCGGCUGGGGCUCCAUGAGGGAAGGAGGCUCUCUGACCAACCUGCUGCAGAAGGCUGCGGUGAACGUCAUCGACCAGGCGGACUGCCAGCAGUCGUAUGGAAACGUGUUGACGGCCAGCAUGAUGUGUGCCGGCUUCAUGGAGGGAGGGCGAGACACCUGCCUGGGAGACUCUGGAGGGCCGCUGACCUGCCGGCAGCCUUCAGGUCAGUGGUUUAUCGCUGGAGUGACCAGCUGGGGACACGGCUGCGGGCGAAUCGGUUUCCCGGGGGUUUACACUCGAGUGACGUCCGUCCGGAAAUGGAUCUCUGAGUACCUGCCUUUCUGAGGAGGACAUAACGGACAACUGUGUGGAUUUUAAAGCUGCGUCUCCACCAAACUGUACUGUACAAGGACUAAAGUCAUGCUAAGAGCCACUCAGUUUACUCACCUGCUGCGGAGCUGCCGGUGCUGUUUCUAAUUCUGUGCAAUGGGACUUUUCUCUACUGAAGAAACGAUCCUGAACUGUGGCUGACGGACCUCCUGCUAACACACGCAUGAUUGGAAACUAUUUAUUAUAGUUAUUUAUUUUCCUAACUGGUAAACCUGCGGUACACGGUGGUGUUUUUCAGAUUAUACGUGGUUCAUUUAUGGGGUUAAUGUAAUAUUUGUUAGGGAAAGGUGGGUUUCUGGGGAAAAUAUAGCUGUGAUAUCGGAAUCAGGGAACGCAUGACAGUGCUUCAUUGGAAGAAACACACAAGAAUCUCCCUGAUUGAAGAGAUUUAUUGAUUUUACUUUCAUGGAAAUCGCUCCAGUCACACCGUACAGGAUGUUCACAGGCUUCUCUGGCUCUGGGAUGGCUGAAGAAAGGAUCGAGGUUCCCAGACAUCUGACAAACCGCGAACACAAAGCAGAGAAAGGUGCCAGACUCCGAGGAAACAAGCCCACCACUGUGGAGGGCGGCAGAUAGAGUGACGACCAGAAAACAUGUCGGACAAAACGGUUUUGUUCUCCGGCUGUACUCUGAUAUACGACUGUUUGGGGGCCUGUGAAUGUCAGAGUCAGCAGCGGUGAAAACACCAAGUUGUUCCUCAGUACAGAUCUUUUCACUCCGGUCCCUUAAGGGCUCCAGUUGUGCUGCUUAUUCUGCAGAUGCAAAUAUUUCGGCUGCGUUCCAAAUUGCAUACUUACAAACGAGGUGCUGUUUCAGGCAGCUGGACAUGCUUCCUCCCCAUACAAGACACCUUGACUUAACAGUGCAGAGGACUGUGGGUCCACAAAAUCACCCAGAUGUGGUAGGACAUGCUGGCAUUCGAUUAUAGAUUUUGGUAGUAUGCAGUCUGGAAUGCACCCGUAGCCGCUUGCUGAGCUUCUUCACACAGAAAAAAUGCCACAAACAGUGUUUCAGAAGCAGCUGUAGCGACUGGAAGAAGUUCUGUUUCUAAUUAUUGGUACCGAAUGUCCUCAAUAUAAAGGCACACCAAGAAUCAAACGCAGGGCGAGCUCUCUCUCUCUCACAAACAUCCAUACUGCUGUGUUUAGAGUUUCCAAUGGAGCUGGAGGAAACACGUUAUAUCUAACAUACAUGAUACAAAUAAUUAAACUAGUCGACGGUUCCUCAGCGUGAAAUAAAAAUGUCCACAGAGACGCUGUUAUGGCUGAAGUCCACAGGCUCUGCCCGCCUGUCCGUGAGGUAUAAAGACAGACGAUACGUCCGUCCACAGCUCCAGACCUCCGCUGGAUUUUUUUUUCACGCCGUCGGUCCUCGCUGUGAGCGGCAGCCUGAAGAAGGGAAGCACGGCGGGAUGUUCACAUGCGAGCUCGUUCCCUCUGCAGUCUGGAGUUGUACGUUCGGGACACGGUGUUCCAGGCGUCCAUGUACCGGUCCAUGCACAUGGCGAUGCAUUUCUAUGGGGAGAAAGCAGCGAGGUUAGCAGGCGAGAGGAAUAAACCUGACAAUCAAUGCUGAUAUUAAUCUGCCAAGAAGUUUCUGAUUGUUUGGUUUACUGAACAUAAAAAGGUGAACAUAUUACCUGCUUUAUCUAAUAGUCCAGAGAUAAUAUAAGAGGAAUUAUAAACUUUAUUUCUAUAGUACUUUUCAAAACUGAGGCUACAAGAUGCUUUGGAAAACAUUAAAUACACAAUGCGUUAGAAAGCAACAUAACUCUAAAAAAAAACUAUAAUAAAACACUAGUAAAGAUGGUGAAACAUUAAAUAUGACAGGGAGAAAGCAUUAGAAAAAGGAUAAAAUGCUAAACAAAUGCCUGUCUGUGCAGUCUGUUAGUACAAUAAAGCAGCACAUCCUCACAUUAAAGAGGUUCAAACGAGUGGAUUUUACUUUGAAAAGUGACAAAAAAUUAACCAAUUGCAAAAAGUAGUUUUAGCUCAAGUGUUUCUGGAUUUAGGAGAAAAUUGGCUCAUCUUGGCCCCAAACUUUAGGAUCAGAAUCAGCAUUUUUGGCCAAAUAUGUGAACAAACACACAGAUGAUUCCUGCACAAAAAAGCCCUCAAAAGACGUUUACCUGCUCAGAGUUGUCCAGUGUGCUCCCAGGUUUGCCGAUGCACUUCUUGAAGCAUUUAUCUGUCAUUCUCUGAAACACAAAAAAAAACGCAGUUUAUUGUGAUUUAUAACUACAACGGAGGCAUUUAUUUGAUAGGAGUUAAAAACACUCUCAGUUGUCUAGAAAUAAACUGGUUUAAAAGAAACACAUGUUGGUUAAAGAGUUAAAAGAAUAGAACCGUUUGGAUUCUCAGUCAUCAAAGUCACAGCUUCAAUGAAAAACAACUGGACUUUUAUUUUGGGUUUUUGAAAAUAAUUAUUCUACCCAUGAUUGUGAUCAUUCCUGUUAAUAUUCUUCUGCCGCUCAUGCAACAAAAAGCUGAACAGAUAGCAGUAUUUUUACUGGGAGCUGGUUGAUAAGUCGUCUGUGGUGUUCAAACGGCCACAAUGAGCCAUACAACCGAACUAUCUUUAAACUUUGUUAAAACAUUACCUGUGUAUUGAUCUAUAUUUUUAACUUUUGCACUAUUUGGCUAUUGAAACUCUGACCAGAUAUUAUACUGUGACAUCAGAAAUCACCAGUUUAUGCAGGAUAUUUAUGAUUAAAAGACACCAGAUGCGAACCAAAACAAACAGUAUGCAGUAAUUAAUAUUCUCUGGAUCCACUCAGGGGUAAUAAAUACUUCUUUGACUAAUUCUAAACACUAAUGAAAUCUUUGAACUGAUUACCAAACACUCUUAUUGGCUUAGCUCAGCUCUUAAACUAAACUUUAAAAAAAGGACCUGAAGCAAUGCAAAGCGUGUCUGCAGGUGGCAUCAACAUUUACCACAACAGGCCCAUAAUGAUUAUAAAUAUUGACAUAAAUGCAAUUAAAUAAAGCACCACUAACACACGAUAAGGCUGAUGGGUAACUGGACAUUUUGACCUUAAAUGAAAAGUCAAAGUCAUUGCAGUUCAUUCACAAUAGCAUAUAAACAUAUAAAAUAAACAGGCUGCUAUAAACAGCUUCCAAAGUUCACAUCAGAUUCUGCAGUUUUUUAUUUGUCUUUCAGUUUCCUCUGACAAACUCAUGACUUUCCACAGCAACCUUUAUUUGAAGCUUUUGUAAGUCAAAGAACGUAUAAACAACGUUUCAGUGAGCUUCUAUGAGCUGUAUUUCUAACAGAACAUUGAUUUUAUCCGUGUAACACACUAAAAACAUGAGUAAAUCCCUUACACCUGGCUGCUCUGCUCUCCUAGCUUAGCCCCCGGUGGCUAGCUUAGCCCCAACGGUUUACCUGCAGCAGCUCCUGAGCGUUCGCCACCGCGAUCUGGACCUUCACCUGCUCCAUGAUGGUUCCGGUGUCCACCUUACCGCCGGACCCUCCCGCUGAGAAGUCUGAACCGAACCCGUCCAUGUUUUUACCGGAGUCUUUACCGGACACACGUGCUAACAGCUACAGCAAACGUUAGCUUCAGAUGCCCUUGACAAAAGCGGAAGACGGCUUACGUUGUCUCCGUGUGAGCGAGUAGGAUUAUGGGAAAUGCAUUUUUUUUUAGGGGCGCAACGAAUACGUUGCUACGAACCGCAUUUUUAAAACAUGACGUCACUGACAUUAAUACAGGUCAAAUAAAAAUACUUAAAAUGUG